AUGUCGUCCACCAGCAACGCCUCCAUUGACAAGUUCAACGGAGACAAUUACGCAACGUGGAGCCGGUACAUGCGCGGUGUGUUUUUGACGAAGUCCGUCUGGCACGUUGUCAACCGUGAAGUGACUCCGACUUUCACCGACCCGCGAGCGUCCGAUGACUACGUCAAGGCAAGCAACGUCGCGUUUGGUAUGAUGCUGCUGCACAUGAACGCGGACUACCAUCAUGUGCUGGACAACUGCGAGGAAGCCUGGGUUGCGUGGACAAGUCUGAAGACGCUGUACGGUGGGUCGCAGAAGGCAGGACGCAUCUACCUCAAGCGACAACUUUUCAGUAUCAAGAUGGCUGAAGGCGCGAACGUCAUGCAUCACUGCAACGAGGUCCUCAACAUCUCCGCCAAGCUUAGCGGCAUCGGUGCGAAGAUGGAAGACGAAGACGUUGCAAUUUGUCUGCUACUCAGUCUUCCGAAGAGCUACGAAAAUGUGGUGCUCAACAUGGAAAUGAGCAGCACCGAGCUUCGCACUCAAGAUGUGGUGAGAGUCCUGACGAAUGAGCAUGCCAAGCGUCAAGGAGAAAAAGGGACAACGACAGCGACUACGGUGAAGGCUGAAGAUGCAAGCAAGGCAUUCAGCGCCGAGCGUGAGCCCUACCAAUGCACGUAUUGUGGCAAGGUGGGACACACGGUGGAUCGUUGCUGGACAAAGCAGAAGAACGAAGGCAAUGGCUACGAUCGAGUGGCGUUUGCAGUCUCGUUCGAAUGUGGAGUUUCGACGAGCAAGGACGUGUCUGGAAUGUGGGCCGUCGACAGUGGUGCAACGCACCACAUUUGCCACGACAAGACCAAGUUCGCAAGUUUGGCAGAGCGCAAUGAGGGCGAACUCUUGGUGGCUGAUGGCAACAAGGUGGCCAUCAAGGGUGUGGGAACUGAUGAACUUUAG